AUGUCUGUUCGUUGGGCUCUACUUUUCUCCCUGCUUCCAAUUGUUUCCUGUUAUGCCCCUUACAUCAAAGAACAUGCUCGCCUAAACUCUACGGAAAACAAGCAGCUUCAAGCAACAUGUGGACGUAACACAAGGUAUCAGAUGAAGACUUUGGAUGGAGAGAGAUCCAUUGAAUCUCCAUGGGCCGGUUCAGUGAAUAUCUAUGGAAUACUGUCUUCUACCGUAAUUUCGCCACGUCAUAUUCUGUUGUUCAAUCUUAUUCAAUUGAAUGUGGACACCUUGAAAAUGAGCAUUCUCAACGAAACAGUUAUUGCACAAGAAUCAAAGUGCGAUAAAAGUGAUCUACUGCUGCCUCACCAGAUCAACGACUGGUUUCAAGUAGACUUUGUUGCUAAACAAAUGGAUAAAGCUUAUAAGCACGUGCAGAGAAUUUACACGAUUGAUGGAUGCGACGAACUUGACACCUACAAGCCUAUGAUCAUCGAACUUGAAUACGACAUGUGGUUCGACAAAGCUCAUGGAGCAGCGUGUCUACCAAAGCCAAUAAGUCAUUCCGAUAUUCAAGAGUUUACAGUUUUCGGAUUGGGACCAAAUGAGACUGCAUUGACGUCUACACGGUAUGCUAAAGAAGCGUGCGAGCGGGAGCAUGCAGGCAAUUCAGUGUUUUGUGGAAGACCGUUGAAAGGAAAUAGAAGAUUGUGUGCUGGAGACUUUGGAGCUGGCGCCGUUGCAACCAUUGAUGGACGGAACGUUGUUUUGGGUAUCUACGCAGAAGGUAACACUGAUUGCGAUUUGGAACCUGAGACUCAAUCACAAGCGGAGUUUAUUGACCUAAGCGCCUACACUGAAAAACUCUGCAGGCAAACUGGAAUCUGUGUGGACCAGCUAGAGGAGACAACAGCAGAGCCAUCUACUUCCACAGACGGAUACUACAUUUCUGGUGAAGAGGGUUCAGGCGAGAGUCAGGGAACUGAAGGAACUGAACAACCAGUCACCACCGAUGCAUCUAUCGAGGCAAUUGUCGCUGAAACUUUCGAGAAGAUAAAGCUCAGCUGCUCCACUGAAGCCGAAAAAGACAUCCAUAUCCAUAUCCGUUUGGAGAAGGAUGUAGUGGAAAAGUUGGCAAAGAAAUAAUUUGACAAUCAAAAAUGUUCAAUAUGUUAUUAAAUCGUUAUCAUUUUCAAAU